AUGAUCGGGGACGAUGGUAGUGGUACCCAUGGAAUGUUGAUUGAUUGGGAAUUCACUGUGAAGAUCCUCAAGAAUGAGAGCUAUACUGUUGGGGGCACCAUUAGUCUCCACCUCAAGACUCUAACUGAUGAGCGUGAGCUCAAGGGAGCCUCGAGUUCAAGACCAUACCCACCCCCCCUGAUCAAGCACUGCUACCAAGACAACCUUGAAUCCAUGUUCUAUGUCUUCAUAUGGAUUUGUAUCGAGUUUAGGGGUCCCCUUGGUAUGAAGCGUGUCCUCGACAAGAGUCACAAUUGGAUACCCAUGAGUGGUCAUCGGAGUUCAAGACAUGCUGUGAUAGAACUCACCGGACAGAUUCAUCCAUACUUCAAAAACCUUAUUCCCGUCGUGUUGGAAUGGUACUAUCUCAUGAGAAAUCCGAAAGAUGUACAUUUCAACAACGUAAUCACGUUGUUGAAUAAACAUCUUAAAGAUCUUCCCAGGAACAAGCCCUCACCUGGGCUCCUGGUUUCUACAUGGUUACUCAAGGCACUGAAGGCGAAGGACCAAAAGGCUUUGAGUGUAGAUGAGGGAAAGAUGUCACAAUUAUCGAUGGACAAUGGAGGCUAUGCCCAAGCCGAAGAGGAGCAGGAUUGA